CGCUCAUAUUGUCGCUCCUCCUAACCGCUCGUUCGCUCGUUCGUCCAUGCACCGCCAAGUACACAUGCUAAGAGACACUGCGCCGUUAGAUUGUGGGUGACGAGUCUCGCUAACCUCCCACCCACCGACCCGCGCAACGAGGGGCUCACAGCAGCCGGCUAAGGCAGUCGGCGAGAUUGAGUCUGUACGAUUACGAUUCUCCACCGAGAUAUACCUAGUCGCCCGCGCCAACCGGCGCGCGCUUCUUCUCUUGGACGAUGGCAUACUCUCACCACUACCCACACGACAACAUGAGUGCGACGUUCGUACCGGGCGGGAACGAUGACUUCUACAUGCCGCCUGUCAGCCCACCUCUGGUGCAGCCGGAGCCGCAAAGGAUCAACCCAGAAAUGUCGAACCAAAUCAGCGAAGGCCUGAAUAACUUGGACUUGAACAGUCGCGCGAACGACCUACCCCACCUCUCGCCCUUCCCGAAACUGGUCAAUCCUGCCCCCAAUGUGCCUCCGUCCGACGAUGAGCUCGAGGCGCGGCUCGAGAAUGCGCGAGUACCGGUGCUCAACUCGAACGACCCCGAAAUGCAGCUGGCAUGGGCAGCAGACGCUCUCUUAUAUGCUGGAGUAUGCUCCGACGAGGCCGAACGAUUGGCAGCGUUGAAGCCUCAACAAGCACGGGCAUCCACGCCGAGGAUAGAGCACCAGCUCAAGGCGGAUGCCAUGAACAUUGUCACUUUUCUCGCGGAUCAACAUCACCCUCGAGCAGAGUUCUUGCGGGGCAUGUGGCUGGAGUGGGGGCGUUUCGGGCAGCGCGAGGACAAGAAGGAGGCGUUUCGAUGCUACUCAAGAGCAGCAGAUCGGGGGUAUGUGCGAGCGGAGUACAGGAUUGGGAUGCUAUACGAAUCGUACAAUGACCCUGUCAAGGCUUUGCGGCAUUACCACCGAGGUGUGGAUGCGGGGGAUGCGGCAUCGUGCUACAGAUUGGGCAUGAUGACUCUACGAGGACAGCAUGGACAACAACAGGAUUGGGCAAAGGGCAUCUCGCUGAUCAAGCAGUCUGCCGAAGCUGCGGACGAAAAUGCUGCUCAGGGUGCCUACGUAUACGGAAUGCUGCUCGCAAGGCAGCUGCCCCAGAUCGAAGUGCCGGAGCAGUAUUUGGCGCUGGACGAAUUUCAAGCAAAAGUGAACAUUGAGAAGGCUGCAUACAUGAAGUUUGCGAAAGCACAGGCAAAAAUGGGGUCAGCAUACGAGCUGGGAUCCUUGGGUUGUGAGUUCAACCCAGCUUUAUCGGUGCACUACAACGCUUUGGCUUCGAAACAAGGCGAGGCGGACGCGGAUAUGGCGUUGAGCAAGUGGUUCUUGGUUGGCUCGGAAGGCCUAUUCCCGAAGAAUGAAGAGCUGGCAUACACAUACGCGGAGCGAGCUGCGGCUACAGGCCUACCGACUGCGGAAUUUGCGCUGGGAUACUUCAACGAAAUCGGCAUGCAUGUGCCGGUGAGUCUCGAAAAGGCGAUGGAAUGGUACGACAAAGCGGCUAAGCACGGGAACGGAGAUGCAAAAGGACGAAUUGAAGGUCUCAAGAAAAAGGAGGUGCUGAACAAGCGUGAUCACGAGAAUGUGGCGAUUAACAGGAUUCGAUCUACUCAUGGGUCUAUGCGUGGACAACGGCCAGAUCGAUUCCGACAAAAACAGGAGCCCGCACUAGGGACUGUUGGAGAGAGCUAUGCACCAUAUUCGAAUGGAUACAACGCAGUUCAGCCUCCCGCACGUGGUACAACGCCCUACCCUACUGAUGAUGGCCCGCCCAAGGUCGACGUGAGACCAGCUUCGGUUGCUCCAUAUCCUAUGGCAGAUGGUCCUCCGUCACAGUUUGGCACUCCACGAAUCGGCGGUGGACCCACGAGCGGCUUCUUCAACGCGACUCCGCAACGUCCAGCAACCACAGUCGGUGCAGCACCUUAUGAUCGUCCCAGCUCUGCUUUUCAGAUCAAUCCUGCGAUCUUGCAGAAUCCAUCGCAAGGUGGACAACGACCGUAUUCCGAAGCCAACUUUGCGCCUGCUCCACUACGGCCUCAAACCGCGCAACCACAUCCUAUCGAUCAGCGACAAUCGUCUGCGCCAUCUGGACAUUACAAUGGACAGGGACUGCAUCCUAACGACCCGCGAGCUCGGCCUGGCAUGGGCGGCCGCGUCACAUCGGGUCCCGCUGGCUUGCAGUCACGACCGCCUCAGAAUGGCAUGCCACCUCCAGGACCUGGCCAUCUCCAACACCAACAGACAGCGCCCCCUGGGGCACCUGCAGCACCAGCUUCCACGCCACAGCCGCAACAGCAAGCCGUUGGUCUUGGAUAUCAAGCUCCACACACUGAGCGACCUCAGACCGUGGACCCGACAUGGCGCGAGAAGCCCGAACGACGACGAAGAGGCUCUGAUGAUCGACGACCCUAUGGGGCUGUCCCGAAACCCGCUCCUGCCGGGCCUGCUGCAAGACCACCACCUGCGGCUGUGGGCGCGAUCGGAAAGGUUCCUAAUGCAGGAGGCGUGCCUAUUGGCAGCGGCAAAGGCGGCAGCGCACCCACUCCACCGCAAAUACAGAGUCCAGCUCUGCCACCUAGCAAAACCGGGACGCCGAAACCUGGUGCGCCUGCUGCUGCUGCCGCUGCUCGGCCGCCUGGGAAAGGACCGAAGACGUUUGAGGAGAUGGGCGUGCCUGCGCAUAAUCAGGAUAAAGAUUGUGUUGUCAUGUGAUCUCUCGUCAAUGUUGUUCGUUGAUUUUGGAUUAUGUAUGAUUCUAGUGAUACCAAGUGUGAUUUUCGGGAGCGAAGCACAAAGAAUUCGACAGUGCUUAUUUGCGCUAGGUGUUUUGGCGAGGCUAAAGGAGGCCGUUCGAAGCUUUUUUGCCAUCUGAGAAGGACUUCCUUUUGGCUCUUGGUUGGUUGCUGUGCUCGUGAUAAUCUGGUUACUUGCAUAGCGUGUGGUAGCGUACAGUUACGUAUCAGCGGAUUAUUGAGAGGUUCAGAAUCACCGGUUUCGCCUCAGAAACAUUUGGAUGAAUUGGG